GUCCCGAUCUCGAGUGACGUCAUUUCCGCUUCCGCUCCCGCAGCGGAAGAGCCGGUGCCGCCAUGGCCUCAAGGUUACUGCGGGUGAGCGCGGCCCUGCGGCUCCUGCCCGGCGCCUCCGCCCGCGCCGCGCCCGCGCGCCAGCUCGGCGUGCCCGGGAGCCUGGCCAGCGAUGAAGAACAGGCGACUGGGAUGGAGAGGAAGGUCAUGGAGGCCCUGAACAAGGGCCUGGACCCCUACAGCAUGUUCCGGCCCAAACGCUACGCGGGCACCAAAGAGGACCCGAACCUCGUGCCCUCCAUCACAAACAAACGCAUCGUGGGCUGUGUCUGUGAGGAGGACAACAGCUGCGUGGUUUGGUUCUGGCUGCACAAGGGCGAGGCCCAGCGCUGCCCUUCCUGUGGGGCCCACUACAAACUGAUCCCCCAUGAGCUGCCCCACUGAGGGGGGCUGUGGGACCCCCCCCGGGGCCCUGCUGAGCCCCCCCUGCACCUGAGCCCACGAUAAAGAGAUGGUGGGGAGA